AUGGAAAAGGGCUCUAUUCUCCCGACCCAUGUGUCGGCCCCGACCUCAAACAACCGUUGCAAUGGGCGUCGCUCUGCCUUUGGCGCAGUCAUUAUCUCCUUGGUUUUAUGUGCCUUGGUUGUUGAAUUCUUCAGAAUUGACAGUCUUUUGUCGUCGAUCAACAACAACUUAGUCGUGAUUGGAAACCAUAAGAGCCCACAAGCGAUGCUCGCUGUCAACGAAGAAAACUCGGGUCUCCGUAUUCGCACCGACGACGUCGAAGCUCUUGUCUCUACAGACGGUCGUUCUGGAUACAAUAAGCGGGAAGAGACAGAUGGAAGAUCUGGAUACAACAGUGUUGAAGAGGGCACUGUUACCACUGACGGUCGAUCCGGUUACAACCGUCGCAAUGACAACGACGACGCAGCUUUUGCCACAGAUGGACGCUCUGGGUAUAACGAGCGUGAGGAGGAAGACGGCCGAUCUGGCUACAACGGUAUUGAAAACGGUGUUGUUACGACCGACGGCCGCUCCGGUUACAAUCGUCGGAAUAUUGAGGCAGACGGUAUUGUCACGACUGAUGGUCGCUCCGGAUACAACCGCAGGGAAGAGGGCGCUGAUUCUGUGACUACUGACGGACGGUCUGGAUAUAACAGACGUGGUGAGGAGGCGGGAUCUGGGAUGACUACUGAUGGCCGCUCUGGGUACAACCGACGUUCAGAGACUGACACUGUUAUCGGCACCGACGGACGCUCAGGUUACAACAGACGCGAUGGUGAAGAUUCCAUUGUCUCGACUGACGGUCGAUCUGGCUACAACCGCCGUGAGGAGGACGGUCGGUCUGGGUACAACAAAGCUGCGGAGACAGAUGGCCGUUCGGGUUACAACCGUGCGAUUUGA